UGAGGUCUCCAUGGAGACGGGAAUCAACAGCAGAGCCUCGCCCUGACGGCAGCGGCGCUGCUCGAAGAGCCAGAGAGGUGGUUCCCAUUUUUUUUCCAGUGUAGUGGAAGGCGAGCAGGAAUCUUCGCCGUAGGCUGAUGUCUUUUUAAAUUUCCAACGCAGGACUUCUUCACUCUUGAAGCAUAACUAAUCUGUGAACAUCAUGGCUGAGAGCACGGACAUGGUGUCGCUGGAGGAGAGCUUCCGAAAGUUUGCUAUCUAUGGGGACACCAAAGCUACAGGGCAAGAAAUGAAUGGCAAGAACUGGGCCAAACUGUGCAAGGACUGCAAAGUAACCGAUGGCAAAGGGGUCACCAGCACGGAUGUGGACAUUGUCUUCAGCAAGGUGAAAGGAAAGACAGCCCGAGUCAUAAACUAUGAGGAGUUCAAGAAGGCCUUGGAAGAGCUGGCUCCCAAAAGGUUUAAAGACAAAAGCAAAGAGGAAGCAUUUGAAUCCAUCUGCGAGCUGGUGGCAGGCAAAGAACCAGCCAAUGUCGGCAUCACUAAAGCCAAGUCCGUGGGUGCAGUGGAGAGGCUCACCGACACAUCCAAGUACACGGGUUCUCACAAGGAACGCUUUGACGAGACCGGGAAGGGCAAAGGCAAGAGUGGGCGUGAGAACAUUGUGGACACCAGCGGCUACGUGUCGGCCUACAAGCAUGCCGGCACUUAUGAUGCCAAAGUGAAGAAAUAGGAGCAGCUGCCUCACCCCUGUGUCUGCUUGGAGGAGGGGCCACCCUAAUGAUACGCCUUCUUCCCCUUGUGGGGGUUUGGCUUUGCUGGGCCUAACUCCAGCCCCAGAGCCAUAGCUGGAAGGGGUGCCCAUCCCCAGAUGGUCUAUGUGGGUGCAGUCUGACCUGGCCAUGCAGCCUGCUUCCCACUUGUCAGACUUAUAUACACCCUCCUACGCAGCCUACCAAAGGCCUCUCUACACCUCAGAUUUCUCCCCCCCGCCUCACUCUAUCCCACUAUCUUCCAUCACCUUCUGCUUCCAAAGCCCUCUCCCCAACGCUUUGCUCGCUAGUGGUAAUAAUGGGAGCAUUCUGUACCAUAGGGGGGGAAAGCUUCAUUUGUUGAACUUCUGCCUGUUUUGCAGCUGUUAAAAGGCACAGAGCUUCUUUCAGGGGAACAAGAUGGCAGCUAUACUCAUGCAACUCCCUGGCUUCUGAGAGCAUCCCUCACAGCCCUCGCCCUUCCCGCCUGUCCACUUACCAUUUGCACGAGACCCCAGCUCUCCCAAUGGUGUGGUUUCACCACUUUUGAGUUGUGUCAGAAACGCAAUAUAUCAAAUAAA